AUGGCUUCGACGGAUCGCGACGCACUAGUUGCCCUCUAUCGUUCGACCGGCGGGGCUGGAUGGUUUAAGAGCGACGACUGGGACACAGGUGCUGGGCUGGCAACAUGGUUCGGAGUCGAAGUCAACGACCAGGGCCGCGUGGUGCGGCUUUUCCUCAACAAGAACAACCUCCAAGGGCCUAUACCUGAGGAGCUGGGAGUUCUCACCGAGCUGAAAGAGGCCUGGCUGAACAAGAACCAGCUUACCGGGCACAUCCCCCCGCAGAUAGGAAAUCUAAGCGCCUUGGAGCACCUCCAUCUCGGCGAUAACAAGUUAGAUGGUCCCAUCUCGCCAGAGCUCGGAAGCCUCACUGAACUUGAGGUACUCGUGCUUGAGAGAAAUAAGCUCAGCGGCGGCAUCCCGCCGGAGCUGGGGAGCCUCGCUGCGCUGCAAUACCUAUACUUGGGGCGUAACCAGCUAAGCGGUACUAUCCCGGCGAAGCUCGGAAGCCUAACAGCGUUGGACACCCUCGCACUCGGCGGAAACAAGCUCUGCGGUUCCAUCCCCACGGAGCUGGGGAACCUUAGAGCCCUGCAUUACCUCGACCUAGGAGGAAACCGGUUAAACGCUCUCUGGGACCACACCCAAGACACUCAAGAUGCUGGUCACAAUGACAGAGGCUACAGCAUGUUAGGUUCGCCAUUGCCAUCUCGCUUGCGUCGGUUGCUUGGCGUCCUCCGUGGUGCUGGAGAGGAGGGGUUCACGCUUUUUCUCAAUGGUAACCCAUGGGUUGAGCCGCCAGAGUCGAUCGUGGCCGAAGGCCCGCGGAGUAUCAGAAGCUAUUUCGAAGACCUGUAUACCGAGCCCUGUCGGAUCAAGCGCAGCAGCGUCAAGGUUGUUCUUGUUGGGCAAGAGGGCGCAGGGAAAACGAGCUUGCGCCGUAGCAUGAAGGCCAAUGAAGCAACCCCCACGGGCGAGUGGAAGGAGGAGAGCACGGUGUUUGCAGACGUGGAGCCCAUGGAGCUAGAAGGCUCAUCUGUACGGGUUUACGACUGCGCUGGACAGGUUGCUUACACGGGGCUGCUGCAGAUGUUCCUGACGCCGCGGUCAGUUUGCGUGCUCGUAUGCGACGCGGGGGCACUCGGGCAGCAGCUACAUAGCGAAAACAAUGAUCAGGUUGAGGAAGACUGCCGUAAGCUUGAAGAAUUACGCGUUUGCGAGUGGCUGCGGUCGAUAUCUCGCCGCGUUCCCGACAACGACGUUGUCCUCGUCGCCACCAAGUGCGACCUGGCGGGCGGAAACGCUAGGGAAAUCGGAGUACGCAUGGAGCAUGCCUGUCGGGCGUGGCUUUCGAGCUGGGUCCGCCAUGGUAUGCAACCCGUUCAGUUGGAGACCGGUGUUUCCCUCACGAGCUGCUUCGUGGCAGGAGGAGUUGGUGAGCAUGGUGAGAGUAGCACUGGGGACCACGCCUCGAAGGCGGGUUGGUCUGACGGAGGUGGCCUCCGAGGAGCUCAGAUGGUGCUGCCUCAAAGCUGGGACAUGGCCCUCACUGUUCUAGAAGCUCUCGAGCAUGGAAGAGAUCCCGUGCAAGCCGUAUUGCGCAAGUCGCCCGGCCCUGACAGAGGAAACGCGGCGGAAACGGCAGGAGGCAAGACAUCCGUGUUCCAGGGAAUCACGGUUGAGGAUCUCAGCACGAAAUGGGACGAAACAGUUGGCGAGCUUAAGCAGAAAGGGAUCACCGUCACGAACGCCAAGAAUGCUUUGAAGGGAGCUCUAUCGAUCAGGGAGUUCGACGGGUCUCUCGUUCGCCACGAGAAGUUUGUCUUUCUGGACGUCGUCUGGCUGGCGAGAAUCCUCAAGCCCCUGCUCAACCAUAAGGACCAAGAGACCUUCGACGGCCGUGUGAAUCUUGGGGACACGGGCGACACACGUAUCACACUCGACGAUGCAUCAGACAUCGCUUCGUGGGACAGGCUCAAGAACGAGGGCGUGCUUGAACCCAGGUUGGCGUAUGCCAUGUGGCCGAAUGGUCUGUGCGAGUAUGUGCUCCCCACCCUUGCAUCCUUGGGUCUAACGUUCCCGCUCGAAAAUGACCCUGAUGGGGGCCUGGUAGUUCUGCUGAGGUUAGAGCCAGACCGCCCCGAGAUUGUCGGUAACACGAUCGAUACCUUCUGCUCGGGGCAUACCCCAGCAUUCAGCGUCAGCUGGAAGAUUUUCCUAGGUGUACCACCUGGUGCGAUCGAAAAGGUGUUGACACGCUGCUGCGGUCUUGGUGGCGUGCGAACAUUCUGGCGAUAUGGGGUGCUUGUGCAUGGCGGCCUGGGUGUCCAAGAUGAGCACAGGACAUUUGCUUUGGUCACCCCAGUGCCCUGGGUGGCCCUGUCGUUCGUCAUGUCUUCCGUGAGCUUGAUGUUGUUGGAUUUUCCAGGGCUAAGCUGGAAAGGCUCUCUGAAGUGCCCUCAGCAUGGUGACGCGAUGCUCUUUGUGAACAAGGCGACUCGCAGUGGAGACAAGUUUUUGGAAGGCAGUAGAUGCCCACGAUGCAGUCCGGACACCGGAGGGCUCGGGGCAGCUGCCAUUGAUCUCGUGCGCAUGGUUGACAUUCGACUGGACCGAGACUUGACAUUCAGCGAGGUGAAGGCCAGGUUUGUCAUCCUGGAAGGUCAAUACUCCUUCACUUGCCCGCCGGGCAGCUCCACGGAUGAGGACGAGUUGAUUCGAAAGAUCGACGGGGUGGCCAUAGCUGUGACAGGGGGGUUGAACGAGGUGAAGGCUGAGAUGAAGGAGGGUUUUGAUGGCACCAAGACCGAGUUGCGUGACGUGAAGGACGGUUUGGGCAUGAUAACGGCAAGACUGGACAAGGUGCUCGAGAGCACCCAGGAAAGCCUUGCGCGCCUCAAGAACUUGCAGGCCCCGAACUACCAUUACCCUCGCCUUGUCGUCGUCAAGGAGGUUGGUUAUGAUGGCACUUCGCCGAAGGCUCAUGGCAAGAAGAGCAUGCUGAGCAAGCUUCGUGGCUUGGGAAAGAAGGACAUGAGACUGCACUUCUUGUGCCCGGUCGACAUGACUAAGGUGCCGUGCGGCCCUGGUGGUGAUGGCUAUCGAUUUCAAGAGACGCGUAGCUGGGUGAAGAAAAUAUCGCCUGUUCUUCAGGUGGCCGUGGUGACCGCAAAGGUGGCGCUGAACGCAACGAUAGGACUGAACGUGGAUAUCUCAGAUUUCCUGAAAGACGGCGCGCUACUUCGUGUUAUGUCUGGUGAGGAGAGUGUCAGCACCGGCAUGCAAAGGGAUACGAGCGCCUCGUAUGAAGCGCUGAAGAAGUUCAUGGACAAGGAGGGACUCGAAAGGCGUAAGGUCGCCAAGGAUAGUGAUGGCUACAUUGACUUCAGGGACGAAAUGAAGCGUGUUACGGACGGGAGGGGGGGGGUGGUGUGGGUUCGAAACGAAAACGUUCCAACGUGGUUGGACUCGCUUUCGAUUACCGCGCCGACGAGCUAG